GCGACAAUAUUCUAUGCUUUCUCUUGUAGUUCAUAGCUGUCGCUAAAGUCACAUAGGUAAUGUACAGAAAAGAAAGAAACGAAAAAAAUUGAAUAAAGAAAGGAAAAACUGUUCUUUUGUCACUUUCUCUUUUGAUUUUUGUAAAUAAUCUUUUGAAUAAUAAUUUAUUCUUAAAGUAAUUUAUGUAUAAUAAUAUCUCGAGUAAAUUGAUUGUCAGCGAUGGUAACGCACCUAUGAAUGAAAAAGUUUAGUAAAAAUUUUCUCUACGUGCGUUUAACGCUCUUGACAUGAAGUGAAUUUGAGUGAUUAAAAGUGAAUAUUAGCAAAAGUUAUAGGUUAAGAACAAUAAAUAUUUCAAUAAAAAUUUAACAAUUUUAUAUACAAUGGCUAGAAUUGCGAUACAAAAUUAUUUGCGAAAAUUUCUUCGAGAACGAAAUUCUGUAAGAGCAUUUGGAUCGAAUGUUUAUCAAAAAACAAUGUCAACACAAGUUUCGGUUGAACAAAAAGAAGUAAAUGAUAAUAGCAAACAUUCUAUUAAUCCUAUGGAACAUCCAGACUUUUUUCAAGUACAUAACCUUUUUACAAUUAAAGAUUUAUUUAAUGGAAUGGUACAUUAUGGUCACAAGGAAGGUACAUUGCAUGAAAAUAUGCGUUCAUUUAUAUUUGGUUCAAGAUUAGGACAUUUGAUAAUAGAUCUGAACCAAACGGCUGAACUUUUACGACAAGCAUUGAAUUUUACUGCUCAUAUCGCACUUCAUGGUGGAUUAAUUUUAUUUAUUUCCAAGAAUCCUUCAAGCACUUGUAUAAUUGAAAAAACUGCUUUGAAUUGCCAAGAAUAUGCGUUAACUAGAAGCUGGAAGUCUGGAAUAUUUACGGAUUCUGUUAAAAUAUUUCGUUUGGAAACAAGAUUACCUGAUCUGUGUAUAUUUAUUCACACACUUGACAAUGUUGUUACUCCACAUCCUGCGAUUAUUGAAGCAGCAAAAAUGUGCAUACCUACUGUUGGCAUUGUUGAUACAAAUUGUAAUCCUAAUCUUAUAACAUAUCCUGUUCCUGGCAAUGAUGAUACACCAUGUGCCAUUGAACUUUAUUGUAAUCUUUUCUGCGAGGCAAUAUUGCGCGGCAAAAAUGCUAGAAAGCUUAUGUUAAAAAAAUUAGAAUCUGUUAAAAAGUAAUUUUAAAUAUGUUAUGUAUAAACAUGUAAAAUAUAAUGUCUCUUUUAAUAUA